CCUUUUGUGACUCUGUUUCUCCUCCGCCGCAAGUUCCACAACGUGUCAAACCAGAGGGUCCCACUAUCGACUUGACUCCACACUUGGCCGGUCUUUCCUUCUCCCAUUGCUUCAGGUACCCAGGUACCCGCUUUCUCACGCACAGUUGUUUUUCGUAUCUUUUCGUGCCUGACUCAGCGAUGGCACAUUCAGACAUUCUAGCUUUCUUGGCGUCAGUCAGCUUCGACGUAUGUGUCUCUACCACUGUUGAGAUGACAGUAUCGAGAAACUGGCUCAAGGGGGCUGAUGCCAUCAUUUUAUCUCCCUCAUUCCAAGUAAGUGCUGAUAAAAUUUGGGACUGGGGGAGCCACUGCCACGACUCAAGAUAUUGUUUCGGAAGCCAGGGCAUUUCCUAUGGAACACCCAUCCCGAUUCUUUUUCUUGCUCUAAGGGCCUUUCUCCAGAAAACUCCACUAAAAGGUAUCGCCCUUACUUCAUGCCUCGCUCCAUCGCCUCGAUCAUACGGCCCGAAGAAGGGCCUGCUCUGCGGCCUCAAAGAUUUCUAAAAUUG